AUGCUUAAGGUUGGUGAUAGGGUUGAAACCAAGAACGGUAUUGGUACCGUUAGGUUCAUUGGAAGAACGAACUUUGGUGACGGAGAAUGGAUUGGUAUAGAGCUUGAGGAACCAACGGGUAAAAACAAUGGAUCUAUUCAGGGCGUGAGUUAUUUCACCACUAAUAAGAAAGAUGGGUUGUAUGGGAUGUUUACGAGAGCAGCUUCUGUGAAAUUGCUUCCUCUGGUUAGUAAGAAUAACUUAAAGGGUCCGAGAAAGCCCUCCUCGAGUUCUGAAGGAGAUGCUCCGCAGCGAGUUUCUAGUAGAGAGUCGAGGAGAGCCGAUAGUGGCUCUCGAAUUUCUAAACUUAAUUCUGCCAAGCCAAGGUCUAGAGAAGUUUCAGCAAAUAAUAUAGAUACGGGCGAUAGAGAGGAAACGAGGAGUCCGAGAUCCGCAACUAGUCCAUUUGCGAGUGCGACUGCAGAAGAAGUGAAGCUGCGUAAGAUUAUAGAUACAUUGCAGAAGAAGCUGUUUAAUUUGCGGUCUGAAUGUAGCUCCCUGCAAGUGAUGCUUGCAGAACGCUCGCAGUUAGAAAACGUUGAUAUGCUAAUGAAGGAUGUUGAGCAGCUAACGAUAACAAAAGAGACUUUGGAAGGGGAAAAGGAGAAGCUACAAGAGAAGAUAUUGACAUUAGAAACUACAAAUAAUGAUAUAUCGUUACAACUAGCUCACUUUAAGGAAGAAGUUGAGCUUCGGAGGAAGAUUGAUUUGGAAGAGGCCAAAAGAGGGGAGCUAAAUGCAGAUAUAUUGUGGAAGCAAAACGAGCUGCUGAAGGAUGCUCUAGUCAAGAUCCAGAAUUCGCUCAAUGAAAGCAAUGAGGAAGCAGAAAAGCUGAAAGAAGAGCGUGAAGAACUACUUCUGAGCAAUAUAGCGUUUGUAGAGCAAGUUACAAGCUUGAAACAACAAUUGCAGCAGGCGCAGUUAACUGUCGAUGAGCUUGCAGCCCAGAUUGAUGCGGAAGCCAGUGCUUCUACUAUUAUAGAUACACUAACUACCCAGAACUACACAUUAUCAGAAGAAAUUGAAGUGUUAAAAGGCCAGUACACUGAGAUGUCUAAAAAAGUCGAGCUACAUAAUGAAUUGGAGCUUGUUUACAAAGAAGUAGAACGGGAGCUAACAGAGCAGAUCAAUAGCUUACAGUCAAAAGUUGCAGGUGAUGAGGUUUUAAUCAGCAAGCUUUCUCAAAAAAACAGGGAAUUAGAGAUAGAGUUACGGGAGGGAGAUGAACAAGUUCAAACAAAUGAGGCUAUUAAUGUAAUUAAAAAUCAUGUUUCCAUUCUGGAGAACGACAAAGAAAGUCUGAAAAUGACGGUGGGGUUUUUGAACGAGAGGCUGAAAGCUAUGAAGCCGGAUCCAUUGUUAGAAUAUCAUUACUUAUUGCUUUACCUUAUAGUCCAAAUCGGUAAGCAAAGUGAAGUCUACGAGAAAAAGUCUAGUAUUUCCAAUCGUAUUAGUCUGAUAUUUCUCUGCUAUACUUGUCACGUAGUUUGGAGGCUACAUAGCCAAAUGCUAAUUGAUGGAGAGGCUGUCGAAUUUAUCACUAACACUAUACCGCUGUACAGUUGGAUAAACAGAUGUCAAAAUAAACAAACUUUGAAUGUGGGGGAAGUCUCAUCCUGGUUGAUGGUCCUUGAUUCACAUCCAAAAUUGGAUGUAUCAGCGAACUUACUGUAUGAAAUCCUACCCAGUCUAUGUGACGAUGUUCUGCCAUCACUAUUGUCAUUAGUACGAGGCACACUGCCUGCUGAAGACAUUCAGAAUCUAUACGCAUCUUUUCAAAGACUGGAGAAACUAAGUAAGAAAUUUGUUGAUGACAAUGGCCUGUGCAGUAAGCUGUACACUUUUAAAAAUCUGAAAGUUAAGCCUUUUAUCAUAAAGAUUACGGAGAUCGCUGUCCGGAUUAUGGAUGGAGAAGCCACGGAGGAUGUUAUUGAACUAUGCGAUGAAGUACAGCGAGUACUUGAGAACUCUGAAGUUGAAGUAAUACAAAUUAAGGCGGUUGCCGAAACAAAUAACGUCAGUACAUUCUCGAGAGAAGCAAGUGCUUCCGUUGAACCAGCAGAGGUGACGCAAGGCUACGAAGAGGCUUUGAGGAAAAAGAUAGCAAUUAUAGAAGAGUUGACGUUAAAAGUGAAAGUGCUAGAUGCUAAAAAUGAGAGGUUUGAGCAAUUUGAGGACAAAGUGAUGGAUUUGACCAGCAGGCUUGAAAAACUAAAGGAAAGGAAUAAUGAACUUACAAAUAAUUUAACUUCCUUACAGGAAACCAAUAGGCUACUAGAAAAACAGAUCCAAAGUGAACGUAUUGAGAGAUAUACUUUAGUCUCUAGCAAAGAAUACUCAGACUUGUUAGAUGAAAAGCUAAAGUUAGAAAAGAUGGACUUAAUAGCAGAAAUUGGUGACCUCAGAAGAUUUGUUAAAUCUAAGAUAGGUGAUCAGGAAGUUUAUGACUUUAGCUGGCUCACAAAUUUUGGAGAAGAGAAGCAAAGAGAACAAUUUACCAUACAGCAAAAAGGUGGAAGUCUUUUAAAUAUGCUAUACGAAGCAGUGGAUAAGAGCGAUCUCUUGCCUCUUCGCAAAGUAUCUGGAAAGGCGCAAUGGCAACCAAAGAAUAAAAUAUCAAAGUACUACGUAUCCAUGCUACAGGAAAAAGAGAUGCAAAUUAUGGACAUGAUUGCGAACUUCUCUAACUCUAUUAUAUGA